CUGUUGCUAGGCAACCUUUGGAGCGACAUGACGGAGUUGCACCAGGCAGCAGCUGCGGGGGAUUUCGAUCAAGUUGAGGAGAUUCUGGUGCAAAACAAAUGCAAUCCCAAUCAGAGGGACGUCGACUGGAGCUACAAGACGCCUCUCCACUGGGCAGCAGCUAAAGGACACACGGAGACGGUCAGGAUCCUCAUUGAGCACGGAGCCAGGCCGUGCCUGAAGACGGAGCACGGAUGGACGCCCGCACACUUUGCUGCAGAGUCGGGCCGGCUGGCUGUGCUGCGGCUGCUGCACUCCCUCCACGCGCCUAUAGACAAGGAGGACUGCUGUGGGGACAAACCAGUGCGCAUAGCUGAAAUAUACGGACACCUGGACUGUGUUCGAUUCCUGAAGAAAGCAGAAAUUGAGUGCCAGGCCUACCGCAAGAUGGCAGCCCAAAAAGGGAUAUCGAUGGACGACACUGACGAGGAGUGGCCAGAACAGGGCAAAGAAAACGAAAAAAAAACAGGAUCUCUAAAAAGCAACUUGCAGACAUAGGUGUGACAUCCUUGUUACCUUUCUGUUGACCGUGCUUCUGUUGCAUUUCAGUGCUUUAGUACUAAUGAAAAAUAUCAAUUAUACAACCUUGCUUGACGUUACUAUGAAGCUAAUUUAAAGUUACAAAGCUCCCCAAUUAUUCCCUGUAAGAAACACAGAUACCUACAAAACAUUUCAAUAUUGUACAGUGGAUUUUAACUUGUAUCACAGAUGAUGAAGCAAAAUAAACAACAAAGAAACAAUCAAACCAGA